GCAUAUGAAAAGUCAAAGGCAGUCUAAAAUAUCCGGAUCAGUGAUGUGAUUUGCAUAAGUGUAUUGGUCCUCUCAAGACACAAUUGGAGUGAGAAAAAUUUAUUCACCCUCCUGGCUUCAUCGAUCGUUUUGACAUAUGGUUGCCGGCACUAAUAAGUUGAUCAGGCGCACUAUACCUGCACGUACGUACGUAACAAAGGGGAUAUGUCGGACCCAUUUCUCACAAACCAACUUGAAUACGGCCGGGUCGGAGGUCGGACCUGCCGUAGAUGGUAAAUCCUCGUCUGACGACAGAUUGCGAUUGGCAACACUGCCGCACGGACACAAGUGCGAUGAGUGCGGGGCGUUCCGGCAGUAGAGAAGGUGCCGCGAGUCAUCGAAGGUCCUGGUCAUCGAGCAUACUUGUGCAUAGUCUCAUCUUUCCCUGUGUGGUGUAGAUAGUCACGGUAAUCCCACGUGAGAGAUAACGGGCGCCUGUCAGCCAUGGAUUGCUGGGGAACAAAGAAGCUGCUGUGCCGGGUUUUCGUCCUUUUGUUGUGGAAUCUAUCAAUUACCUCAGAAGAGCAGAGGACUCCCUCUGUGAUUUACAGUAAGAACGUCACAGUAUCGAUGUCUCUGUUGCAUCCGAAGAAGAGUCCAAAGGGAAUAGGCGGCCAUCAUGGCGGCGGUGAAAACGUCACGGAAAUCAUCUCUGGCAGUGGUGACAUCAUUUCCGGUAGCGGUGACUUUGACGGCAUCCAAACGCUCUCUGGAAGGUUAAAGCUGAACGGUGAGGGUUUAUUCGACGGUUAUAUCGAACCAGAAGACGUAGACAGAGACAGAAAUCGAAAACAACGAGCUAUCAAUGACGCUGAUGGCGAAUCUGGAAAACUUCACGUUGUGAGCUGCAAGAUGGACAUCACAUGCGAUCCGGCAGAUCCCACAGGACUUUGUAACUGUGACAAUGAAGUUCAGGAGUACGGAGAGUCCCGUUGCGUCAUCCCAAAAGCACGCAUCAGUCACAUUUCUAGGACAGACGGUAGAAGAUUGAACCUCUUCUGUGUAGGAUUGUCGCUCGACAUCAAAGAGGCCGACGGUUCGAAUGAGCUUCAGGCAGAAUGCCAACUCUUAGGGGGCGAUAAUGAUGUACAAUACAGAGUUUUCGUCACCAAAAACAUAGAAUUCGACGAAAAGGAAGGAGAAAGAGUUAAAUUUAGGGCUUGCUUAGAACCUAUAUAGAUGUAAUAAAGUAGCCCAUUGUAAUGUCCUUUGUAAAUUUCAUGCCUGAUGUAAAAAGAAAGUCAAUAUUCAAAUCUGAUGACCGUUAAUGGGCGUUAUGCUCAUCGCGAAAAGAGGUGUUCGCUUAUCUGUGGUUGACUAAUGGCAGUGUAUUGUUGAAGGCAGAAAACAAUCUGAUUCUUAGUCAAUCAGUGGCGUGGAAGCACGUUAGAUGGAAAAUCUUUACUGUAUUCCGUUUGAAGAAAAGACGUGAAAGCCAUGCAAAUAGCUGACAUCGUCUCCUAUGGUGACUGGAAUUCAGGUACAAUCCUGCAAGCACUGAAUUUAAAUAAUGUCGACCAACAUGUCUUUGUACAAACGGCGUUUCACGAAGAUACGGGUUUUUGUCCCUAUAUUUCUGCUGUCAUACUUUAUAUUUGCUCGUAGUCUAUACCAAUGUUUUCUCAUUGUUGAGACGAAAGCAGAUACUGCAAAUGUUGUGGUACUUAAGACAUUACACUUGAAAAAAAUGUUACACUAGAAGCUUUGUAGCAUACAUUUAUAGUUGAUGAACUAGAAAAUUGCUUUCAUAUUUAUCUGUAACUAAUUGUUUCACAAAACAAUCUACAUCCUCGAAAGAUGACACAGCUAUACCAUGUAAAAAAUUUCUGUCCUUGCUUUUGCGUUACCGAUUUUGUAGCCCCAAUCUAAAGAUGUCUUUUCGUGAACCAUGCUUAGAUAGACACAUAUUUUUGUACUUUUGCUUGCUACACCGUAAAACAGCUAACCAAAGUUUGUCUGCCUACAUUUUCUCAGGGCUAAAACAUAUAUGUCCAAAAGCUUGUGAAGUGGAGAGAUAAAACAGAAUUUAAAACAAAAACUGAUAUACGGUAGAAACUGACAUUAAAACGCGAUUACUGGAAUUUCGAAAAAAAAAGUAUUUGUAGUCAUAUGCCUUCAUUGUAUUCCCGUUAAUGUACUGGUAUUGUAAUCCUUCUUCAUCCUUUUAGUUUGCGCUGAAUACCCAGUAAAACUUAUCUAUAUAUAAUUAUGUACAUGGAAAAAAUAAAGAAAUGCAUUUCAUUGCUACAAAACACUAGACAAGUAGCGUCAUUUCACUGUCGUCUUGGACUACAAAAUGAUGUAUAUUAAUUCAUUGCAUCCAUAAAACAAUAUUUCUUUGAUUUAUCGUUGCGCUUUGAGGUAAUCGUUGUUCUGUGUGUGACACGGCAAUGCCAUGAAGAUCAGCUGGUGCCAUUUAAGGGCCCCUUAGAUGAUGUAAAGGUGGUAUCUCACUGCACUUAGGGCACCGGUGCGGCACUGUGGGGUUCGUAGAUGACUCAACGAA